AUGUUCGCUUUACGAACCAGCAGAAACCCAGGUCUUAUCAUCGUGGUGUUUCUUGGCGGCCUGCCAUUCACACAGGGCAGCUGCCUCUCCGAGAACCAGGAUAGCCUGGGCAGCUGCGCCAAGAAGUGUACCGGAAAUGCUGCCAGGGCUGCAUGUGUUUCAGACUGCUUGCUCGAUCUCGACGUACCCGAUGCUUGUGCCACCUGCUUGGGGACCCAGUACGACUGUGGGAGGCGUUUCUGUCGGACGGACUGCGCCGGAAACUCUUCGACUUGCAUGACGUGCAUAGAUUCUCUGUGCUCAUCCUGCGUCAAAGCGCUCAACUUCCGCUCCCAGGCCGUGAAUGUUGGACCCAGCUUCACCCAGCUUUUCCUUCCCACAGAGGACGACUUAGAGGGCAAAGAGGAAGGCCCUGUGAGCCUGCUCGCGCAAGCGGCCGGGGCUUGCGAAAGCGGCGGGGAUGUGGUGCAGAGUUGCAGCACCCCCUGCUAUCGCCAUGAGGACCCAUCGGGCUGCUACGCUCGCUGCUCCAUAAACGCCUGUUUCAGCACGUGCACACCGGGUUGCGUGCAGAAGAACUGCUUCGAGUCUUGCAGGCGAUCCGUGGGAAGCCAUGAGUGUGCGACUUGCAUCCAUGGCCGCUGCAGCGGCUGCACGUUGAGUUACAGCUCGACCAAGCAAACCCCGGUGGAAGGCCAAACAUCACCUAUUUUCCCGUGA